AUGGCCUACCCAAGCGAUGAAAAACACAACGUCGAAGCUGCAACUUUCGAAUUCACAUACCGCAACCGCAGACAACACCGCCGUACAAAAUUGCUAAUUGCCCUGCUCGGCGGCACAAUCGCAUUCUACUCACUACUCGGGGCCAUCCUAAUCUGUUUCUACUCAGAUGCUACCUUGUUAGCGCUGAUUACCAAUCCCCGCUUCAACCACCGAUUGAAUCAUUUACGGAAUCAAUGGAUUAGUACGAAGAGUAAUAUCGAAAAACCGCGGGGCGUGAAUGUGGUUGCUGUGGUGGAGUAUGGGAAUUGGGAGAGGAGUUCGAUACUAGACUGCUAUUUGAGGAGAAAUCUGGUUGAAUAUGGCGGUCUAUUGGAUGAAGUCAUCUUCAUCCCCGGGACAAGCGAUCGACGACACCUCGAAUGGCUGUACGAGACCGUGAACAAAUCGGAAUCCUACUCAAUUCAUCAAUCUCUACCCGCAGUGGACGCCAAAAAUGUAUACAUCAAAAUCGACGGCGACGUUGUCUACAUCGAGGAUAAUGUGAUCCCUGCCAUCGUCAACACAAAACUAAAACACCCAGACACAAGCCUCAUCUCCGCGAACGUUAUUCACCAACCGGCCGUUGCAGAAUUUCAUCGCAGACCGGGCGUGGUAUUACCACAAUCACUCGACAAUGAAUCGUCGAGUCAGGACUCAAAGACAUCAUCGGAGCGGAGCUGGAAUCCGUUCUGGCCGGAUUGGCGAAAUAUGCUGAAAUCGUGGUUCGCAAGUAAAAUGCAUUGUCCCUCCCACUCGACACUAUCAAAAUCCACAAAUGCAACGGAAAAACACGCCUGGACCUUCCAAGCGCAACAACACAAUUCCUUCCUGCACCAUCUCGAGCGCGGAGAAUUACAGACCUACAAGUUCCCGCUGUGGAAGAAUCCACCUGGCGAGAUCUCGGGCGCAUUCAUUAUUUUACCGAAUAACAACAACAACAACGAUACCACAAAUUCAUCGCAAAAGAAUGUACUGAUAGACGGCAAAGGCGUGGUAUCGCAUUAUGACGACACGGCCGGCUUGGAGGGUUUGGAUGCGACUGAUAUCCUCGGUCGAUACAGGAAAUAUGCGGAGGAGCAUAUUUGUUUUGCGGAUUAA